AGUCAUUUAAGGGGAAGAGGUUACUGUAUACUGUAUAUUGGCAGGGCUCACUCUGGUUCACGUACCACCAUGUGACUGUCGGUAACUUCAUCACUCUCCACCGCAGCACCAGCAGCAGCAGACUCUGCCCUGGCCCUGGACCAGCAUUUAAACUCGGGUUUUUAUGUUGUGUGGAUGUAUUUUGACUCCGUGUGAGAGUGUUUUCUGGAAGCUUCGCGUUCAGCCACCUCGGAGAUGUUUUGGUUCCAGCAAGGACUGUGUUUCCUACCAGCGUUUCUGGUCAUCUGGUCCUCCAGCACUUUUAUUGUUUCCUACAUUAUUGCGCUUUUCAGAGGGGAUGUCGACGUCAUUUUUCCAUACAUCAGUGACACAGGUGCAAAACCUCCAGAGAGCUGCAUCUUUGGCCUGAUGACAUUCAUUUCCGCAUGUGCAGGAAUAUCCACCAUAUAUGCCAGGUACAAGUUUGUGGAGAAGCUGAGUGCUGACACAGGGAUGGUGAGCCCACAUCUCAAUAAAACUGCUCUAGCGUUGGGGUUGCUCUCCUGUUUGGGCAUGUGUAUUGUUGCAACAUUUCAGGAAACAUUAGUGACAGCCGUUCACGAUAUAGGAGCAAUAUUGUUCUUUGUCUCUGGUGUCUUAUACAUAAUCCUCCAGUCUGUUAUAUCAUUUCGUGCCUAUCCAUUUGGGUCCUCCAUUUGUGUGUGUCGAGUACGUGUGGGUAUCGCCAUCCUCGCUGUUGUGGCAUUUUUCCCCACUCUAAUCUGUGCGUUCUAUGUGAAACAAACCACUCUGCAUAGAGACAAAGAAGACGAGGACUAUCCCUUCCAUGUGGCCAGUGCUGUAUGCGAGUGGAUCGUCGCCUUCAGCUUCAUCUGCUUCUUCCUCACAUACAUCGACGACUUCAAACUGUUUACGUUGCGAGUGAAAACAGAGAACGUGGAGUAGCCAUGAUGAGUCUGAGACUGACGACACAUCACAGUAUGAUUAUCAGUAUUUUAAUGUUUAAAAAAAAUGUUCUGCAUUUUUUUGUAAAGCUUUUAUGCACAUGCAUUUUGUACAUUUGUAUUUUUACACUGCAAGGCUUUUAUACUAUGUUGUGUUUUGUAUCGCCUGACUGAAUUUGCUGGUACAACACAGUGGGUACGUUGUUAUUUAUACAUUAUCAGCAGCUCAGAAACCGAUCACAGCCUGUAUCUUUAUACCUUUUAUAUGAUCUCAAUUCAUUUUAUACGUGCACUUAAUUGCUUCCUGUGUUCAAACAACACUUUGCACUUUGCUCUCGAUCGUUGCCACACCAGCGUGACUCAUGCUGUCAAACCUGUGACCAGUAAUAAGAGAAGUUCAUCACACAGGGAACACAUGAUAGCUUCACACUUGGUUAAAGGAGACUCAA